UUGGGCAGCAACCUGUCAGAACUGGACCGACUGCUCCUAGAACUGAACACUGUUCAGCACAAUCCCCCUAGUGGCUUCCCAACAGAUGAAGCCAGCAGGAGCCCCUCCCUGCCCAGUGGGACUGGACCUCACUAUGUUGCCCCAGAGAGCACUAGCUCUUUGGGGGUGAAGGCAGCACCCCCUACAAAAGAGAAGCCAAAGCGGAACGGAGGGCGUGGGAUUGAGGAUGUGCGUCCCAGUGUGGAGAGCCUUUUGGAUGAACUGGAGAGCUCUGUGCCAAGUCCAGUCCCUGCCAUCACUGUGAACCAGAGUGAGGUGAGCAGCCCACAGCGGGUCACCUCCAGCCAGCAGCAGACUCGCAUAUCUGCUUCUUCAGCCACAAGAGAACUGGAUGAGCUGAUGGCAUCUCUCUCGGACUUCAAGGCUGUUAUAAAAUCUGUAAUUGAGAGGACAAAAGAGAUUAACGUGCACCCAAUGUAUCGUGAGCGCUCACCGAGGCGGAAAGUAGGGCCAGUCAUAUUUCAUAAGACUGUGUCCCAGGAUCGCUUGAUUGAAGAGCUGCAAGACAGAUUGGGAAUCAGCAAACAGGAAGAGGAGGAAUGGAAAAGCCAGGAAGACUGGCUGACUGAGGGGGUCAUUGUCACCGCCAGGCCACAAAGGAAGCAGCAGGAUGGUGGACAGCAAGUACAGAAGAUUAUAAUUCCUCCAGAAUCCCCCCUGCCCAUGAGAAGAACAGUCUCUGUGCCAGCUUCUCCCCCACUCCAGCGUCCCAAAGAAGCUGCCAAGAUUUUCCCUGCCAAAGCUUCUUCCUCUUCUCACCCUAUUCCCUCUCCGCUUCCUCCACCCCCUCCUCCAUACCCGCCACAACCUUCCUAUGUACCCUCUGCUGCUGCUCCUAGUCCAGUCUCCUGCUCCUUCAGCUUGCCUCCCCAGCCUCUGUUCCAGUGGGAGACUUCUUCUGAUGACUACCAGGAACUCUCUGGGGUGGGCACUCCUCCCUCUGAAGAUCAUAGAUUCCUCCAUUCUCCCCAAGCCCUGACUGAGCCAGUGGUAGCGUCUUCUCCUGCCAAGACACUAUCUUCUGUUGGCUGUCAGACUGAUGAAGAUCCAUUCUUCCCACCGAUGCAGGCAUGCUUUUCCUUGUGCUCUUCAUUGAACAGAGCAAUUACAAGUCUGAAUCCAGCACUUCCUGGCCUGUUGGCUCUCUCAUACGCAAGCCAGUGCAGUAUAGCGUCAAUCUCCACAAGCACCAAUCCAUCAAGGAGGCUCCUCUGCAUCAUGAAUUGUUGUCAUACUUUGCAGGUGAUCCCUACUCCGCCGCUGGUCCGACGUACCAAUCCACUUGCUGCUCGGCCACCCCUCGCGCCGCCCACCCAUGAGAAGUUCAUGGCCCAGGGGAAAGCUGGGGGCAGCUCCCCUCCGUCUGCACCCCCAAAACCUGGCAGCCAGUUGGACAGUAUGUUGGGAAGCCUCCAGUCUGACCUGAACAAACUGGGAGUAGCUACCGUUGCCAAAGGUGUUUGUGGAGCCUGCAAGAAACCAAUUGCUGGACAGGUCGUCACAGCCAUGGGGAAAACCUGGCACCCAGAGCACUUCGUUUGCACCCACUGCCAGGAGGAAAUUGGGUCACGCAACUUUUUUGAACGUGAUGGUCAGCCCUACUGUGAGAAGGACUAUCAUAAUCUCUUCUCCCCUCGCUGCUACUACUGCAACGGGCCCAUCCUCGACAAAGUGGUGACAGCCCUGGACAGGACAUGGCACCCAGAACACUUCUUUUGUGCGCAGUGUGGCGCUUUCUUUGGACCUGAAGGGUUUCAUGAGAAGGAUGGCAAAGCCUAUUGCCGCAAGGAUUACUUCGACAUGUUCGCUCCGAAGUGUGGGGGCUGCGCCCGGGCCAUCCUGGAAAAUUACAUCUCUGCCUUGAAUACCCUAUGGCACCCUGAGUGCUUUGUCUGUCGGGUAAGAGAGCCUGUGCUGCCCACUGGCACCGAACGCCGCGGCUCGCUGUGUUCCGGCUGCCAGAAGCCCAUCACGGGACGCUGCAUCACCGCCAUGGCCAAGAAAUUUCACCCAGAACACUUUGUCUGUGCCUUCUGCCUCAAGCAGCUCAACAAAGGAACCUUCAAGGAACAGAAUGACAAGCCCUACUGUCAGAACUGCUUCCUCAAACUCUUCUGCUAGACUCAUCCUAGCUGGGAACGGAGCAUCUUUCUGCCACCUCACUAGGCAGCCGAGUCUCUCUGAGCAUUACUGUGAUUUAGAAACCUUGCCGGGGGAGGGGGGAGACGGGGAAGGGGGGUGCUAAGUGCUGCUCCAGAAAGACGAGCUGGACCAUUAAACUGAAAAUGCCCAUGCUGUGUUUCAGUGGGGAGAUGCUGAGCCCCAUCAUUAAAGUGUUGUAUGAUUGUUGACAGCCGAGAGGAGCCUGAAGUGCUAGCGAGGAGAUGCCUUUCUCAAGGAGAGGGCUGGAUAAAGCCUUGAGUCAGCUCUCCCUGAGCCAACAUGUGACACUUCCAAGCAAAACGUCCUUGGCUUUGGUGACACUUCUCUCUCGCUGGGGCAGUUAAGUGCUGUGUGACCCAAGCAGUAGCUCUGCUGCUGCACAGCAAGGGCCAUGCUCUGACCUCUGCAUUGCCCGGGCUGUGCACGGUCGAGUCCUGGGGCACACGGGAUUUACUACGAUUACAGCAGCAGCCCCAGAAGCUGUAAAGACCCUGCAGUGGAGUCUUUCCAGUUCAGUAACACUGCAGGGAAUUGAUGCCGCUUAUUUUUUAGAAAGGGGAAGUAGGGGGCUACUCUGUUUUUCUAGCUUGUGAUUCUCUCCUGCUCCUGAAUGGAGUGUCCCAUUUUGUGCUGGACACCCCCAACUCCCCAGUAGUGGGUAGGGCAAAUGCUCCUAAUUCUGCUGCUCCUCGGAGAGGAGGAGGAGACUGGCACCAAUUAAUUUUAAAAGAAAAUGCAGAGAAAUUUGAGGGCCCAGCCCUCCCCUCUGAGCGAAUGUGGCUUAUGCUGUGUGUCUGGCCUGCAUUUUACUAAGGGAAGGGCCUGAAAAGCCUCUCUAGGUUUUUUUAAAAAGCAAGGACAAAGUAAAGCUAUAGACUUCGUAUUCCUUGUUCAUCUUCUUCUCUGCUCUUUGCUAAUCAGGCCGGCAGUCCCUCUUCUUUGAUACUGUCCUGUUCCUUGCUCUUGAGAAACACGUUCUACUGAGACUCUCUAGAGCAAUAACCUUUGAUAUUGACUGUUACUGGUCUAACAAGUCCCCGAGGUCUGGUGUAUCUGACCCUUGGAGUUUUGCUAUGGAACUGAAUACUGUAUGCUUUGAUAAAAACUGUAGAUUUCUACACUGAGGUUUGAGUUCAGAACUAAUUUACUUUUAAUCCUCUUCUACAGAAAUUGGUUUUGAAGUGAUUUUAAGAAAGCUACUUUUAUAUCUCACACUGUGUUGUUCUAGGCAGGGUACCAGUUGUGCUGGUUACUGCAUCUGUAACCUCAAUGCUUGGGUCGAACAAACUAUUAACAUGAAGUAUUUUCUUUUUAUUGGGGGUUGGGAGGGCUCUGGGUUUUGCAGGGGAAGGGAAUGUGACUGGUAUUGUUUUCUAGCACAAGCAGGUGAGCUGUGAAUAGCUCUUUUAAUUAUCUCAGAUCACCUGGAAAGUUUAUUUUGUAACCUGUAAACUGCUGUAUUUGACUUACCUGCCUUUCUCCAAAGCCCGACUUCCAGGGUAACAAAAAGUGAGUCUUAAUUCAGUGCCACAUGAUGCAGAGAUGGAGAACCCAAAGUCCACCUUCAUAGUUUUAUUCCUCUUCAACCAUCAGAAAUGAGAGCAGAGGGUUAACUCGGGAAGGGGAGUUCUCCCCUUAGGUAGGAAGGAUGGUCCUGGGACUGAAAAAAAGGGCUGGGAGUCAGGAGAUCUGGAAUCUGUGCUUGAUUCUGCCACAGACUUGCCGUGUAACCUUAGGCCAGUCACUUAGCCAUUCUGUGCCUCAGUUUCCCCAUCUGCAAAAUGGGGCAAUAUUCCCGCCUUGUAGGAUUUUGAGGUUUAGUUCAUAUUUGUCAAAGGCACUUUCAGAUCUUGAGAAGGAGGGUGAUGUAGAAGGACAAAGGAUUGUGUUAGAAACAACCCUACAGUGUUCUACACUAAUGGUGAAAGUGGUGCAGUGAGAAGAGGGUUUUAAAA